CAGGUGGCUCGCGGGCGAAGAGAGAGAAGGCAACGGGAGAAGCUCGAGCUCUCUCUCUGUGACGCGCGCCUCUUGGGCUGCGAGGCGCGCGGGCGGGCAAACUUUCCUUCCUCCUCCUGAGGCGAAGAAGGACGAGAGAAACCUACACGCGCUUCUCUGUCGUUCGGACUCUUUUUGAGGAGGGAGAUGGGAGAGUCGCUCCUGAGGCGCCCGCUUUGUUAUGGACUCCCCUUGUUUUGCGACUCCCCUUGGCUUUUACCCCCCGCGAGGCGCCACCUGCUGGAGCUGGAGUUUGGAGCAAAACCUGGAAGCUUGGGAACAUUGUAGGCUGCCAUGUGCGCCCUCCUCCUCCUAAUCUGAGACUCUUGCCUUGCAGAUCUUUCUCUCUCUCUGCCCUAGACCAUGGCCGGCUUCAUCCUAAGGGACAGCUCUCUGCUGGGCUUCUUCCUGGUGCUGCUGGAGGUGCUGGCUCCCCUCUCUGCAGCUUCCUCCUCUUCUUCCUCCAAAGCUGUUACCUGCCAGGAGAUCACGGUGCCCAUGUGCAAAGGCAUUGGCUACAACCUGACCUACAUGCCCAACCAGUUCAACCACGACACGCAGGACGAAGCCGGGCUGGAGGUGCACCAGUUCUGGCCCCUGGUGGAGAUUCAGUGCUCGCCGGACCUCAAGUUCUUCCUGUGCGCCAUGUACACCCCCAUCUGCCUGCUGGACUACGCCAAGCCGCUGCCCCCCUGCCGCUCGGUCUGUGAGAGAGCCAAAGCCGGCUGCUCCCCGCUCAUGCGGCAGUAUGGCUUUGCCUGGCCCGAGCGCAUGGGCUGCGACAAGCUGCCCCUCCUGGGUGACGCCGAGCAGCUCUGCAUGGACUACAACCGCACCGAGGCCGCCCCCGCUGCCACCACCACCUUGCCCCCCUUUGGCACCAAGCCCACGCGCUCCAAGGCCAAAGGGGUCCACAAGGAGCAAGCCCCCUUUGGAGGCAGUGGUGGAGGCGCCUGCAAGAGGGUGUGCGAAUGCCGGGAGCCCUUGGUCCCCAUCUCCAAAGAGACCCACCCGCUCUACAACAAGAUUGAGACGGGACACGUCCGCAACUGCGCCAUCCCCUGCUUCCAGCCCUACUUCACCCAGCACGAGAAGACCUUUGCCACCUUCUGGAUCGGCUUGUGGUCCAUCCUCUGCUUCAUCGCCACUUUUGCCACGGUGGCCACCUUCCUGAUCGACAUGGAGCGCUUUCGCUACCCAGAGCGGCCCAUCAUCUUCUUGUCUGCCUGCUACCUUUUUGUCUCCAUUGGCUACAUCAUCCGGCUGGUUGUGGGCCACGCCAAUGUGGCCUGCAACAAGGACUACAACCACAUCCACUAUGAGACUACGGGGCCAGCCCUCUGCACGGUGGUCUUCCUACUCAUCUACUUCUUCGGCAUGGCCAGCUCCAUCUGGUGGGUGAUCUUGUCGCUCACUUGGUUCCUGGCCGCUGGGAUGAAGUGGGGCAACGAGGCCAUUGCCAGCUACUCCCAAUAUUUCCACAUGGCUGCCUGGCUCAUUCCAAGCAUCAAGUCCAUAGCUGUGCUGGCCCUGAGCUCGGUGGACGGUGACCCAGUUGCUGGCAUCUGCUAUGUUGGCAAUCAAAACUUAGACAAGCUCCGGGGCUUUGUUUUGGCUCCGCUGGUGGUCUACCUUUUCACUGGGACCAUGUUUCUGCUGGCAGGGAUUGUGUCGCUCUUCAGGAUCCGGAGCGUCAUUAAACAAGGAGGCACCAAAACGGACAAGUUGGAGAAGCUAAUGAUCCGCAUCGGCAUCUUCACUGUCCUUUAUACCGUCCCGGCAACGAUUGUGGUGGGAUGCUACAUCUACGAGCAACACUACCGGGAGACGUGGGAGAUGGCUCAGAACUGCUCCUGCCCCGGGGACAAGAACAGGUUGAGGCCGGACUAUGCGGUCUUCAUGUUGAAGUACUUCAUGUGCCUGGUGGUGGGAAUCACCUCGGGGGUCUGGAUUUGGUCUGGCAAAACUUUUGAGUCGUGGAAGCGGUUCACGGGGAGGUGUUGCCGGAGUGGAAAGCCCGUGAGCUCUGCCAUGUAUGGGGACGCCACUGCGGCUCUAACGGGGAGGUCUGGGAUGCCCAGUUCUGCUUCAUACCACAAACAAGUCCCGCUCUCCCAUGUAUGAAAAGCACCUUGCUGGGUGUCACAUACACGCAAGACGGGAGCAGGUAAGCACGGCUCGGCUCCCAGCUGGAAAAGGCUUGGGAGCGUCCCUAAAGCUUUGAGUCUCCUUGUGGUGGAACUCUUUGGCUUCAUCUUGAAUUCUGAAAAAGAAGAGGGUCUGUGUGUUGUGGCAGUGGGUAGAUGCCACUUCGUUUGCUACACCACAACAUGGUGAUUUGCCUCCUUUCUCGGAAAGCAGGCAAGUAAGGAGUGCAGGGGGCCCGAUUGUGAGUUGCAUGCAGGAUGGAUCUGUGACCUUUUAAAAAACAUGGGAGAAUGGCUUAGGAGAUUGAGGUUGUUAAUGAAAGAAUUGGAGGUGGGAGAGAAGAAAGAUUAAGGGACCUGCUUGAUCUUCCGCCUUCCUGCUUUGUAUUGCUCCAAAUGAGGCCUUGGCUUCUUCUCUCUUUCCUCAGUGUUGAAACAAGAGGUGCAGAUGGGCUGUUUUGACAAACAGUACGAAGGAUCAAGUCAUGGAAGUUACUUCAGGGCUCCUGCUGGGUGGGAGAUUCUGGAAGUUUAGUCCAAAGGUAAAUUUCUCAAGCUGUGGUGACAGAUUGAGCAGCCCUUCCUUUCUGUUUAGCUGCUUUCAGGAAGCCUUGACAGUGUGCCCACAGAUGUGUCUGCCCACAAGUACCUCAGGAAGGUUUACGUCCAGGUAGACAGGGAGAAGAUUGCAGAUUAAUAUUCUAUGGCCCUGUCCACACAGCUGAAUAAAAUCUCACCAUAUCUGCUUUGAACUGGAAUAUAUGGCAGCGUGGACUCAGAUAACCCAGUUCAAAGCAGAUAUUGUGGGUUUUUCUGCCUUGAUAUUCUGGGUUCUAGCGCUGUGUGGAAGGGCCCUAUGUCUCCAAUGUAAUGCUUCCUUUAGCCCAGAGGAAGCUAAUUUACUUAGCCGGAGUAAUCCUUGUUCACGCCCUUUCCAGCUAAUUGUAAUUUUAUAAUGCACUGGCUCCUAAAGUUUGCCAUACAAAGAAACCAGGGCCCUUCCACACAGCCCUAUAUCCCAAAAUAUCAAGGCAGGAAAUCCCACAUUAUCUGUAUGUAGACUCAGAUAUCCCAGUUCAAAGCAGAUAUUGUGGGAUUUCCCGCCUUGAUAUUCUGGGAUAUAGGGCUAUGUGGAAGGGCCCCCAGUUUCAAAGGAGGGUUCUGCUUUUCCAAAAAUUGUCAGCUGUGGAACUUAGAUUGAGCAGAGUGUGAUUUUAGAUUUAUUUUUUGGUGGGCACCUGUUUGCCAUGAUUUUACUCAUGUCUUCGCCAAAUUGAAUGCCAGAGUCAAAUGAGAUAACAGUUAUUUUCCAAACUACUUGCCUUGUCCCAGUGUGUUGGCCUCUGCUUAACUACUACUAGCUAGAAUUGAGAUGCAACAUGCUGGUUAAUGACAGUGAAAGUUGCAACCCUAAGGCCCCUUCCACACAGCUGUAUAAAAUCCACAUUGAAUUGGAUUAUAUGGCAGUGUGGGCUCAGAAAACCCAGUUCAAAGCAGAUAUUGUGGAUUAUCUGCCUUGAUAUUCUGGGUUAUAUGUCUAUGUGGAAGGGACCUCAAACUCCCUUACCUGAAAGCUGAGCAAGAAAAAUGUAAUACUUUGGAUUACGUCUCCUAAAUUCUUCCAGCAACGCAACCUUGGGGAGACUUGGGUUUCAGGUCCAAAAGGUAAUAUUUUGGUGGCGCCACCAGGAAAGAAGUGUCAUGGAAUGAAUGGUAUUUACUUGUAAGUAGGCAUCCACUGCACUUUUUGCAAAGCAAAGAUUUUCCUCAUCUCAGCAUCAUUUCUUUAGACAUAAGAAAUCCAAAGAGCAACUAGAGUGUGAGGCAAGCAAGUUGCUUUGUUUCAUCAGGUCAGAAUUUGGUUUAUUUAGAAGUCUGCUUCACUAAAUGCACCGAAUUACUCUCUUCUCCAUUGAGUUAUCUUCCCAACUAGGCAUUCAUUGGGUCUCAGCCUUAAAAGAAAUGGGGCCUUGCCCUCGCCUUCUUGCUCCCUUUUUGGCUAUUUAUCCUCCGAUCUGCCAUUUGUGGGAACAAUGUUUCUCUGUCAUUUAAUGUUUCACUACUGUUUUGAACAGGAAGAAAACCAAGGUUUUUUUUAAAUGCUUUCCUCUACCUGAGAAAAUGAGCCUCUGCCUUAAGUUCAGUCCUUUCUGACUGAAUUCAGUGGCAUCAAACCAUUGCAAGCAAGACAAUCACUCUUCCUCUGUGCAGAAGGGAGUCAGGACAAUCCUGAGUUUUGAAGCACUGACUGCAGACGCUUUGAAAGGGAAGCUAUUCGGCUUGUAACUGAGAAUUGGAAAUAACAUUUUUGGGCAACAGCUUCUUAAACCCCAAAGUCCACACUGACUUUGUGGUCUCGCUGGCUACUGCUUCUGUGAUCUAUUGCCCAGAAAAGUCACAAUUCCAAGCUCUCUCUGGAACUUUUUAAAGUUAUACCCCAAACCUUCUCAUAGGAGCCCAAGGGAGUCUUUCAAAGUUGCAGCAAACUUGCCUGAGAUACAGCAGGAGGGGCUGUUGGUCCUCUCCCAAUGUGAAAUGUUUGCACUUUAAUUCUACAUAAGAAAGGCAGUUGUGUGGUGGGUUGGGUCUCCUCUGCAAAGAUGGGCAGCUUUUUGAACAGCAGUCAUGAGAGGGGUUCCUCUCACUGGAAAACAGGGAAGGAACCCAACUUUCAUGUCUGUCUACAGGGUGAAGCUAUUCUAGAAGACUUUGAGAUCAAUUUCGGACAUCCAUACAUUUUGCUCUUCCUUAGGGAAGGUAUCACCAUGACCCAAGAAAAAUGCAGGUUGAAUUCCAGCUAGUGUGCUUCCCCACAGACUGCCAUCAUGUCUGACCCCUGCAGCAGCUCAAAGACUAUCAAAUAUUUUUUUCCAGGCAAUGCUUUUCUGUGGAUUUCAUUUCCCCACUCAGUUCACUGGAAUAAUGAAUCAUCCUUAACUCGCCCUCCUUCUCCUCCAGUCAAACCAAUGCGACUAAGUUGCCCUGAAUUCAGUGGGUAGACAUUCAUAAGUGUAUGCUGUCACAAAUGUUUAUCCAGAGUUGUUGAAGGAGAAAUAAAUAACUACUGUCUUUUUCUAUAGUUGCCAGUGUAUUUCCUUAGGUUAGAUGGUGAAGCUCCAAAUAGUUUGACUUACGGUGAUUCUCAGGCAACCUUAUCAUGGGGGUUUCUUGGCAAGAUUUGUUCAGAGGGGGGUUGCCUUUGCCUCCUUUCUGAGGCUGUGAGUGUGUGACAUGCUCAAGGUCUCCAGUGAGUUGCCAUGGUGGGUUUUCAGUGUUCAAAUCACUACAUUACUAGCUCUCAUUUAGAUUUUGGCUAGUUGGGUUUGAAGGACAUGGUGGCUUGUCACUCACAGCCACUCUGCCCUUCAAAACUUGCAUUCAGGACGAGCAGCUGUGGAUUGCCAAAGGCUUGUGGCCUACAGUUCCUAUCAGUCUUUCCCAGUAGAGUUUAUGAGGAAUUGUGGUAGUUUUAGUCCCAAAUAGCUAAUAAGCCAGUUUCCAAACUGUUUUAAUCAGAGCUUUCCAGUAUUCCUGCCAUAUUCCACUAGCAGCUUGUUUAGGUUUAUUGGAAGCUAUCUUAUCCCUUCAACAUUCCUGUAACUUCUUCCCCAGGGAUUCUUGCUGUAAAGAGUAAGAUGUAUGAAUUAAUGUGGGCUCUUACAUUAGCAGGACAGCAUGAGAAGAGAGUCACCAGCAGUUCUUUUCCGAUGCUGCUGAGAUGGAGGCAAUCCGUAGGUCUAAAGACUCCAGUCUUUAUCUGACCCUGGCAUUCCACAUCUGCUCCUUACUGCUGGGGUUAGCCAAAAGGAAUAUGCAGCUUGGAGAGGUCACAUCCAGUUCCUGGACCGGAUGGCUGUGGCACUGGUGAUGUCAAAUGUUAAGCGCACAGGCACAGAGGGGAGAAGGAAGUUCAAGGCAAACUACUGGGGCCAGGGUGGGAACUCUUCCCCUUUCCCACUUGAAGACCACUGAAGGCAGAGGAAAGUUAGGCGGCAGAACAUUGGAGGCCAAGGCCGAAUUUUCUGUUUGUAGUUUUAAAAACUGUGACUAUAUCCAACUCAAGUCAUUUAAAGUCUUUUUUUCCCCCUGGAACAGCUACAAACUAUUGAGCUACCAACAGGAAUUUCAUCCUUUGGAGCAACUAGUUUGGUUUUGCUGUAUGGAAAUCUGAGUCUUCCUGAUUGACUCUCAAAUGUGUUGUAGCAACAAGCAUUUAUGGGCUGGCUUCCACAUCAUCCACAUGGAGUGAGGGCCUCAGCUGCAGGUCUGUAUUAUACCUACCACACAAGAUCCCACGUUAGGUGGGUCCUACUCCAAAAAUGGCUUGUCAUGACACAUUUAAGGUGUGAGGAGACUUAAUGGUUUAUUUACUUCCACGUACUGAGGUAAAAAUUUGGAAACACAUUACCUCUUGUUUUUUGCAGCAGCCAAACCUAGGUAGCGCGAUGGAAGUUGCGGUCUGACCCGAGAGGUCCAAAGUAUCUGCUACUUAAAAAACCCGCUGUGUUGCCUUUCCAAGAUAGCUUUGUUUGUUAGAAGCUGCAGAGCAGCAUCACUAAUUAAAACAAUUGUUUUUGUCUUAGGUGUCACUGAGUCAUAAUUGCUGCUAUUCUUUUUUUCAACGAAGAAAUCAUGGGCCACUGUAUACCUUAGCAAUGAGACUUCUUCUCUGUAGACUCUCCAACAAUAAAAAAAGACCUGGGAAGUCUGGUAUACCUUGACAGGUGUCAUAAAGUGCAUCAGUACUAAACCUUCUCAAAUUCCCAAAUAAUAUAAGGCAUGCUUAAUUCCUGAAAUCAACCCAUUUGCAUGCUGUUACCCCAAUGUAUGUAUCAAGAAAUACAUUCACCAACUUUCUUUCCCCCUGCUCACGUUACUAGGAUGUGUUUCCUAGUAAUUCAAACUUUAUCCAGUUUGUAUUCUAUGUAUGCCUCCAGUGGUGCAAUUUGUCAGGGAGGAGAAUUUGGCAUCUUUCAAUCGGUGCCCACUUUUCUGGCCAAAGCAAUAACUGGAGUAGAAAGAACUUAAUUGAAUGUAACAAUUUGCUACCUGCUAGCGCACCAUCCUAGAUUUUGACUUUUGAGAAAUUCAUCCUUAUACCUUUUUUGGACACAUUGUAUUGCAUGAACAUCAAUGUGAGGCAGCUUCUUAUGUUCCCAAACAGAAAAUGUACCAGUGUCUGACUUUACAUCCUUCCAUUACUUCCCCAAGAAGGAAACUGCAACAAACUAGAUUACUGUUGGCUUCCUUGAGCUAUCUCACGAGGGUUGGAUAUAUAUCCUCGUAUUUUCCUCACCAAAUCACACAGAACAACAUAUAUUUUUGGCAAGGUGUAAGAAAUACAAAUUGUAUUACGUAUGAUAAAGACAGUUGGGUGAGAACCUUGAAAAUCCUCAUCUGUUUUAAUGCCUAUUUUUGUUUUUCACUGUUUAAUUAUAUGCUGUGCCAGGAGAAUUGAGGUCUGGGGACAAAAAUGUUCAACACAACGUCCAAAGAAGGGGGAAAGGCAGGUCCUGGUUAAGGUAUAGACUAGUCUGCCUUUGUGUAACAGAUUGGACUACAUCCGUCUUGUUCAAUUUAUGAAAGUCUCACAUUGCAUAUUAUGGCUUACUGGCUCCUUGACAAUCUCCUUUAUGCCACAUGGCUAACAAGAAGCAGCUAUGGACUGCUAGAAGGAGGAAUUAGUUGAAAUGCUGUUUAUCAGUUCUGAUUCCAGUUGUAAAUGUUUGCUUGACAUUUCUCAACCUUGAUAUACAACCAAUAAUUUAAUACAACUAGAACAGCAUCUUUAUGAAACACAAAUAAGAAACACUAUGCUUUCAGUGUUUUAGAAACAUGCUGUUUACGGCAAAAAAACUGAGAGGGUGAUAGCUGCUUAUAUAAUUCCUAAAUUAACAAGUAAAAUAGAAAUUUAUUGAAAUUGUACCCUAAAGGCAGAAGACUGCAACGUACGGAAUACCAAUAGUUUCACAAGGGUUCCUUUACUCAAGAUAUUGUGUACUCUUAAUAUUUUUCAAAACUAAAUUGCACCAUGUUGCUAUAACAUGUAAAUAGCUGUAUUAAAAGAAUUAUGUUUAUAUAUAACUGAAUCCCUAGUGAGCCUUUGAUACGGGUUGGAACAGGAUGUACAUUCUCACGCUGUCUGUGGUACCAAUAACAGAAUGGAAACCUGGGGCAUUAAAUCGCUGUACUUCAUGUUAGAUUCAUGCUUAGGUUGUGCUGCUCUUUCAGUUGUGCCUUGUUGAGAUGGAGCUACUACUUGCAAUAUGAUUAACAAUACCAUGCCAAAACCGUUUUAAAAAAGAAGACACAGUUGAUUCUGUAAAAAGCUUUAAGAGGAAAUAAACCAACUUUGGUCAACUUAAUAAA